ACUACUCUUGUUCGUGUAGACUGAACGGGCAAAUAGAAGAAGCGACCGACUUAACUUGUUACAUUUCUUCAAUUCAUUGUAUCCGUGCAUUGAUUUCGCUUAUUUCCAUCUAUUGGAUUUUGUGACAUUUCCAAAGCUACAAGCUUUAAUAGCCUGCAGUUAUUUUUUUUUUUGCUUUUUUUCAGCCCACUGUGCAGGUUUAUGAGAGGUGGUCCUUCAGCCGAUGAGAGAAGCUGAGCACAAUAUACAAGCAAAAACUGAAAAAAACGUUAUCGUGAAGAACACAAAUAAGAAAAUAAUAAGGCACGUUCUGUGUUGAGAGCAAGGAAUGAUUUUAACAUAAUCAGACGUGAUUGAAUUUCUCCUGAACUUGUUGCUGCUGUGUUCACACCUUACCGUGCAUAUCCUGUAGUUCUGGUACUAAAAUACAGGUUUUUUUUUCAUGUUAAAUGAACAAAACGGAUUUCGUAAGAACACGAGAAAGGAGAAAAGGAAACUCUAUGCGUUUAUUUUCAAAUCCAUCGACUUUCUGUGGAGAUGACCUUUCGUCAACUCGCUGUAGUUUUUUAAUCGCCGAGGGAGAUCUGUAAUCUGAUUUAGCUGGUGUUCGUGUGACAAGCAGGUCAGAAUGGCAGCGGGAGUAGCAGCCUGGCUUCCCUUUGCCCGAGCAGCGGCCAUAGGAUGGAUGCCAGUGGCCAGUGCACCUAUGCCACCACCCCCACGAGAAAAACGGAGACCACAGGAUGGUCUUAUCAUCCUUAAUGUCAGUGGAACGAAGUUUCAGACCUGGAGGAAUACUUUGGAGAGGUACCCAGACACCUUACUAGGAAGCACGGAGCGGGACUUUUUUUUCCACGAGGAAAGUAAUGAGUAUUUUUUUGAUAGAGACCCUGACAUUUUUAGACACAUACUUAAUUUUUAUCGCACUGGCAAACUGCACUACCCACGGCAUGAAUGCAUAUCUGCCUAUGACGAGGAACUCGCGUUUUUCGGCAUAAUCCCUGAAAUUAUUGGUGACUGUUGCUAUGAAGAAUAUAAAGACCGCCGGCGAGAGAAUGCUGAAAGGCUUCAAGAUGACGCUGACACGGAGAACAAUAACGAUGGAGUUGUGCCGGAUAUGACCUUGCGCCAGUCAAUGUGGCGGGCUUUUGAAAAUCCUCACACCAGCACUUUAGCGCUGGUAUUUUACUAUGUCACCGGAUUUUUCAUUGCUGUUUCCGUUAUAGCCAACGUGGUGGAGACGGUGCCCUGUGGUUCUUUACCGAACAAAGUUAGGGAUGAGCCUUGUGGAGAGCGCUAUGCCUUGGCUUUCUUUUGCUUGGAUACAGCCUGUGUCAUGAUCUUUACAGUCGAAUACUUGCUGCGCCUAUUCGCUGCACCUAGUCGAUACAAGUUUGUUCGAAGCGUUAUGAGCAUCAUUGAUGUGGUUGCCAUCAUGCCCUAUUAUAUUGGUUUAGUGAUGACGGACAAUGAAGAUGUAAGCGGUGCCUUUGUAACCUUAAGGGUUUUCCGUGUAUUUCGGAUCUUCAAAUUUUCCCGCCAUUCACAGGGCCUGCGUAUUUUGGGUUACACUUUGAAGAGCUGCGCAUCUGAGCUAGGAUUCUUGCUCUUCUCCCUGACAAUGGCUAUUAUCAUUUUUGCCACGGUGAUGUUCUACGCAGAGAAAGGAUCAACAGCCACCAAGUUCACCAGCAUUCCUGCUGCUUUCUGGUACACCAUUGUCACCAUGACAACACUUGGCUAUGGUGACAUGGUUCCAAAGACCAUCGCAGGCAAGAUUUUUGGCUCAAUCUGCUCUUUGAGUGGAGUCUUGGUCAUCGCACUGCCUGUUCCCGUAAUCGUCUCGAACUUCAGCCGGAUCUAUCAUCAGAAUCAAAGAGCUGACAAGCGCAAGGCUCAGAAGAAAGCGAGACUUGCUAGAAUUCGGGUGGCGAAGAGUGGCAGCGCUAAUGCAUAUAUGCAGAGCAAACGCAAUGGCUUGCUGACUGAUUCACUUGAGCAGGCCUCAAAAGAAGCAGGACAGGCCCUGGUUACCAAAGUAAGCUCAUCCUUUGAAAGGCAACAUCACCACUUACUGCAUUGUCUGGAGAAAACAACGAAUCAUGAGUUUGUGGACGAGCAGACCUAUGAGACCAGCUGCAUGGAGGUUUCCACAGCGAAACAGCCGAGAUCUCGCUCCUCCUCAGUCUCCUCACAACAUGGCCUGACGACGUGCUGCACUCGACGGAGCAAGAAGUCCUUCCGCCUCCCCAACUCAAAUAUGUUGGUUAGCCGCCCUGGAAGUGUGCAGGAACUCAGUACGAUCCAGAUCCAGGAGAGGCCGAUGUCAAACAGUCGAUCCAGUUUGAAUGCAAAGAUUGAGGAGACUGUCCAUCUGAACUGUGACCAGCCAUACAUCACUGCAGCAAUAAUAAGCAUGCCAACCCCUCCUGUGACAACGCCUGAAGGGGACGACACUACAGGGUCUCCAGACUACUUGCAGAGCAACAUAGUGAAAGUGUCAGCAUUAUAAACCGCGCCUUUCUCUAAGUAAACGGUCUUAAAGAAGAUCUACUGUCUGAUGUGCUUAUUUUCAUGAGUAUUUGAAGGAUUGCAAAGACUGGAGGAAGAGUUUUAUUUUCCAGGGUGACAGUCUUACGUUGGCUAUAGGUUUUCGAAAUCAAACAUAGCUCUUUAUGCAUUGAAUUUUGUGUAAAGUUAAGAGCUUGGACCUUGCAAAAUAAAAGAUGCAAACAUUCUCUGAAUAUUUAAAUAUAGUGAUCACACUGAAGCUUUUAGCAGUGGUGCACACACUAUUAAAGAAAAUUAUUUUUUAAAACAUCGUGAGUCCAAAACCUGGAAGACAGUUUCAUGGAGACAGCAAUUAGGCCUAAUUCUGGACUGGAUUAAGACAUAAUGUUUACUUUUGAAGCAGUAAAGUACGAAUAAAGAAUUUUGUUAUUCAGAACUGGAAAAAAUGCUAUAUUAGAUUUGUGUAUAUUAUGCAAAUGGAUGCCCUUGUGCAUGUUGUAUGUACAGUAUCUGCAACUGCAAUACUGCAGCAAACGUUUUUCCAAUACACCAAGUGAAAAAUCAGUUUUUGUAAGGCUGGUUUGUGCAGCUGUUACUGCCUGACACAACCUAUGCUUACAGAAAUUGUUAUUGAGAUAAUUGCAUUAGAUACUGUACUUUUUUACUUCCGAUACUCAUGUACUGUAUAUAUGUAAUUUGUUUUUGUUUUGUGUGGUCUUUUGUAUACAAAGGCAAAGGUGGUGUAGCUUACAGUGUUGAACCAUUGUGAAUAUCUUUGAUGCCAAUUUGGACACAGUUUGUGAAUUGUACUUCUUAUUUGCUGUUUGGUUUGUUGUUUGAAAGAGCUUUAAGCUCUUGCAUGAAUCUCCCCAUUUAAAAUUAGAUUUCUUGGUUAUUUUCCAAGCAUUUCAUUUUAAAUACCUUUUUAAUAGAAACAUGUUCUGCCCAAUCCUCCAUCCAUCCUUUAUCUAAAAGCUGCUUUUGAGUGUUUGCUUGUUGAGUGUUUUGUUCCUUAUCAUGUUGUAAGAAUUUUGAGCAGAAUAUUAAUUACGGGAUAAUGUUUGCUUUCUUUCUAUCAGAGGGAUUAGGGUGCAUGCAUAUAUUUUUAUAUAUUUUUGACACACAAUAUUCCAUGUUCUAUGAAGAUUAACUUUGUCAGAAAUUCUAACCCAGAUACUUAUAUUUAUUCAUGAAACAUAAACAUUCAAAUAAUAUAGGCAGCCUACCAAGUAUAUGACAAUGUCUACUUUUUUAAAGUAAUUUUUAAAACAUUCAAUAAUAUUGGAUUUACUCUAUGUGCAUUGAAAAAAUACUACCACACAUUUAAUAUCAAACCAAAGCUUUAGAUUACCUUACCAGUUAUGAACCAUUCAAAUAUUUUAACAUAGUUCGACAGUAGUUUAAAAAAAAGUCUGAAAACAAUUGUUUUUCAUAGAAACAAUCCAAAGUAGCAACCAAUUUUUCAUUUGUUCUUGUUAGUAGAUUUAUAAUUGAAAGCAGAUUAAAUUUAAUAAGAUGUGCAGCAGCUUUGAACACACUGAUUCUGCUGCAAUUCUCUUCUUGGCAUAAAAUAUAGUUUUAGAAAAAUAAAAUAAAAAUCUGCAAUUAAUUUUAGAUAGA